CUUGACUCUACUAACCGGGACUCCCCCUCGUGGCCUUGAGCUGGGACCUCGUGCAACCCAAGGACAUGUAGCUCAGCGACUUGUCACCAGAAGCACAUGGACAGGCCUCCGCCACAUCAUUUAGGUGCUGAGAGAUGGCCGUGCUUGCGGGGCUCAGCUUGGCCUGAGAAGCAGGUGCUCCCGGCACAGGAAGAGCCGACUCUGACCCCCGGGCUCGUCCCUUGACAAGGCCUUCACGUCCAGCCACCCCGGUCCAACGGCGGCUGCGGGAAGCCACUUGGUUUUUCUUAAAUGAUGGGCAUUGGUAAGAACACCACGUCCAAGUCGAUGGAGGCUGGGAGUUCCACAGAUGGCAAAUAUGAAGACGAAGCGAAGCACCCUGCUUUCUUUACUCUUCCGGUGGUGAUCAAUGGAGGGGCCACGUCCAGCAGCGAGCAGGACAAUGAGGACACCGAGCUCAUGGCAAUCUACACCACAGAAAACGGCAUUGCGGAAAAGAGCUCACUCGCAGAGACCCUGGACAGCACUGGCAGCUUGGAUGCCCAGAGAUCGGACAUGAUCUACACCAUCGAAGACGCCCCCCCCUGGUACUUGUGCAUCUUCCUGGGGUUACAGCACUACCUGACCUGCUUCAGCGGCACCAUUGCGGUGCCUUUCCUGCUGGCUGACGCCAUGUGUGUGGGCUAUGACCAGUGGGCCACCAGCCAGCUCAUCGGGACCAUCUUCUUCUGCGUGGGCAUCACAACCUUGUUACAGACGACGUUUGGAUGCAGGUUACCCCUGUUUCAGGCCAGUGCUUUUGCAUUUCUGGCCCCUGCUCGAGCCAUCCUGUCUUUAGAUAAAUGGAAAUGUAACACCACAGAUGUGUCCGUUGUCAACGGAACUGCAGAACUGCUGCACACCGAGCACAUCUGGUACCCCCGCAUCCGAGAGAUCCAAGGAGCCAUCAUCAUGUCCUCGUUGAUAGAAGUGGUCAUCGGCUUCCUCGGCCUCCCCGGGGCUCUGCUGAAGUAUAUCGGGCCGCUGACCAUCACGCCCACGGUAGCCCUCAUCGGCCUCUCGGGUUUCCAGGCAGCCGGAGAGCGAGCCGGCAAGCACUGGGGCAUCGCCAUGCUGACAAUUUUCCUAGUAUUGCUGUUUUCCCAAUAUGCCAGAAAUGUCAAGUUCCCUCUCCCAAUUUACAAAUCGAAGAAAGGAUGGACCGCGUACAAGUUACAGCUUUUCAAAAUGUUCCCCAUAAUCCUGGCCAUCCUUGUGGCCUGGCUGCUCUGCUUCAUCUUCACGGUGACAGAUGUCUUCCCUCCUGACAGCACCAAGUACGGCUUCUACGCACGCACAGAUGCCAGGCAAGGCGUGCUUCUGGUGGCCCCGUGGUUCAAGGUCCCAUACCCAUUCCAGUGGGGCCUGCCCACUGUCUCCGCCGCGGGCGUCAUCGGCAUGCUCAGUGCAGUGGUGGCCAGCAUCAUCGAGUCCAUCGGCGACUACUACGCCUGUGCGCGCCUGUCCUGCGCCCCGCCGCCACCCAUCCACGCCAUCAACAGGGGCAUUUUCGUCGAGGGCGUCUCCUGCGUGCUCGACGGCGUCUUCGGCACCGGGAACGGGUCCACAUCAUCCAGCCCCAACAUCGGAGUGCUGGGGAUCACCAAGGUGGGCAGUCGCCGGGUGAUACAGUACGGAGCAGCCCUGAUGCUGGCCCUGGGCAUGGUGGGAAAGUUCAGCGCCCUCUUCGCGUCCCUUCCUGACCCUGUGCUGGGCGCCCUCUUCUGCACGCUCUUCGGGAUGAUCACAGCGGUUGGACUCUCCAACUUGCAAUUCAUCGAUUUAAAUUCUUCCCGGAACCUCUUUGUGCUCGGAUUCUCCAUCUUCUUUGGACUCGUCCUUCCAAGUUACCUCAGACAGAACCCUCUCGUCACAGGGAUAACGGGGAUUGAUCAGGUGCUGAACGUUCUGCUCACCACGGCGAUGUUCGUGGGAGGCUGCGUGGCUUUCAUUUUGGAUAACACCAUUCCAGGUACUCCAGAGGAACGAGGCAUCCGGAAGUGGAAGAAGGGCAUACGCAAAGGAAGCAAGACGCUCGAUGGCAUGGAGUCGUACGAUUUGCCCUUCGGCAUGAACAUUAUCAAAAAGUACCGAUGCUUCAGCUACUUGCCCAUCAGCCCCACCUUCGUGGGCUACACCUGGAAAGGCCUCCGGAAGAGCGGGACCAACCGGAAUCCGGGAGAAGACUCCCAGGCCACAGUAUAGCCCCGGGCGCCCGGUGGCUGGCGGCAGCGGUGGCGGCAGGGCAUGUCUCUGUAGUCCUCGCUGAGUAACAAGCAGUAAACUAUGUCUGUAUUUCUGCAUUCACACUCUGCACCCUGGAGCUAAGACUGAUUACAAUUAAUUAGCUUUUCUGUCGUGGGUGGUGAUCCUGCCUAAUACGGUGUCUCUCCUAUGUCCUUAUUUAAAUGAAGCCCUUGACCCUUUCC